CACAGAGAGAGUGUUUUUCCCACUGGCCCGGAGGAGAGGACGUCAUUCUGGAAUCGUGACUUUCAACAGACUCGAACUCUCUAUACCAUGGCCAUGUCCCUUACGCGGACAGCCCUCAGGGCGCCGCAAUCGCGUCUCAUUACAGCUGCCGCCACCAUCACAGCUCGAUCUAUCGCCGCGCACCGGUCGUUCAGCACCACCAACCAUGCUCUACUCCCCUCCGGCUUCGGAUCUCCCGUCUUGCCUUCAUACUUCUCGAAGCCCCGGCUGCCGGCCAAUACGGUGGUCCGGUUUGUGCCUCAGCAGACGGCUUGGAUCGUUGAGCGCAUGGGAAAGUUCAACCGUAUUCUUGACCCCGGUCUGGCUAUCCUCGUGCCUUUUAUCGAUCGAAUCGCAUACGUCAAAAGCCUCAAGGAAGUUGCCAUUGAGAUACCCAGCCAAAGCGCCAUCACUGCGGACAACGUUACUCUAGAGCUUGACGGUGUUUUGUUCACCCGCGUCUUUGAUGCGUAUAAAGCAAGCUAUGGAGUUGAAGAUGCCGAAUAUGCCAUCUCUCAGCUUGCCCAAACGACCAUGCGAUCCGAGAUCGGUCAAUUGACUCUCGACCACGUCCUCAAGGAGCGUGCUGCCCUCAACACUAACAUCACCGCUGCUAUCAACGAUGCCGCCGAAGCCUGGGGAGUGACCUGCUUACGUUACGAGAUUCGAGAUAUCCAUGCUCCUGGCGCCGUCGUCGAGGCCAUGCACCGGCAGGUCACUGCCGAGCGUUCCAAGCGUGCUGAGAUUCUUGAGUCCGAAGGUCAGCGACAAAGUGCCAUCAACAUCGCUGAGGGUAAGAAGCAGAGUGUCAUUCUUGCUUCCGAGGCUUUGCGCGCCGAGCGAAUCAACGAAGCCGAUGGUGAAGCCGAAGCCAUCCGUCUUAAGGCUACUGCCACUGCUCAAGGCAUCGAUGCUGUCUCUGAGAGUAUCCUGAAGGGUGAUGCUGGUGCCCAGGCUGCCGUCAGCUUGAGGGUUGCUGAGAAGUACGUUGAUGCCUUCGGCAAGUUGGCUCGCGAAAGCACAGCUGUCGUUGUUCCCGGCAAUGUUGGAGAUAUCAGCGGCAUGAUCGCUACUGGUCUGAGUGUUUUCGGCAAGGUUGGCCAGGCCCAGGCACAAACUAUGGCCAAGUCUCUUGUCGAGCCCAAGAAGGAAGGCUCGGAGACCGAGACUGAUACACCCUCAGAGCUUGAUAGCCAGGAGAAGCCCGGUGUCAAGGAGACAGUGAUCGAGAGCUUCAACCAGGCUGCCAAGCGAUAGGGAUAAAAUAAUAACUAGCAGCUUAUGGCAUAUUACGGACGGGACAAGAUGAAAUCACCCUUAUAUCAGCUCAUCACUCAACCACCACAUGAACAUUCCACACUACCAUGACUAUCGGCGUUCAGCGGAUGUAUUAUAGGGAUCUCUGGAGGAUCCGAGACGGCCUUGCUCACAGAGCUGGGGGAUAACGGAGAGAAACGUCAUCAUGUAACAUCAAAUUUUCUUUAUUCACAAUUUAAGCGCAUGGCAAAAGGAGGGAAAAUCACGGCUCACCAGUCUACCCACUUCUUCAAGCAUAUAAGUAGCCUGCUGUUGAAGUAGGGAGACAAAGAAUCGAACUAUUUUGACUUUUAC